AUGAGCGAAGACUUACUAGCUGACUUAGAUGAUUUGGGAGAAGACGACGAGGAAUCUCUGCCUCAAACAUUGCAGCUCUCGACAAGGAAGAGAGCAGCAAAUGAAAUGGAUCAGGACGAUAAUGAGGAUAACGACGACAAUGAUGAUAGCGACGACCACGAUGAAGACAUGGAAGGAGGUGCUGACACUGAAACUCCCGAAGUCAUUCUUCCAGACAUUAAAAACAUUGCUGAUGUUGCUACAAACUCUAGAAUGAGAUCCAUAUUACAAAAAAUCGAUGUCGCAAAAGCAGUGCCAAGACGAGAAGCUAUUGAAGGUGGUGCGGUGGAAGAUGAUCCAGAAUAUCCAUUGAUUGUCGCAGCAAACAACUUGACUGCUGAUAUUGACACUGAGAUGAUUCGAAUCACCAAAUUCAUUCGUGACAAGUAUGCUCCCAAAUUCCCUGAACUGGAAACACUAAUUGUCAACCCAUUGGAUUACGUACGAACUGUCAAGGCUAUCGGGAAUGAAAUGGAUCUGACUCAAGUCGAUCUACAAUCCUUCUUACCAACAGCUACAGUCAUGGUUGUCACAGUCACAGCAACCACUUCAAACGGUAAACCACUCCCAGCUGCUCAAUUGGACACGGUCGUGCAAGCUUGUGAUAUGGUCGCAGAGCUAGACGUCGGGAAGCGGAAGAUCCUGGAUUAUGUUGAAUCUCGUAUGGGUUUCGUCGCACCCAACUUGUCUGCUCUAGUAGGAAGUGCGACAGCAGCCAAACUUAUGGGAGCAGCUGGUGGUUUGACUGCCCUCUCCAAGAUACCUGGUUGUAAUAUUAAAGUAUUGGGUGCUACGAGAAAGGUCAAUACUGGAUUGUCGAUAUUGGGACAAGGACGACAUGCUGGAUUCUUGAGUCAAGCGGAUUUCAUAUUGAGAAUACCGUCAGAGUAUAGGAAUAAAGCGGUCCAAUUCGCUGCCGACAAAUGUGCAUUGAUUGCCCGAAUAGAUUGUGCCAGAGCAUGCCCAGAUGGAUCACAAGGCAAAACCAUGCGAGAAGAAGUAGAUCGUAAAAUAGAACGGCUACAAGAACCACCACCUGGUAAACACACUAAAGCUCUGCCCGUCCCUGCUGAAGGUCCUAAAAAGAGGCGAGGUGGUAGAAGAGCACGCAAGCAAAAAGAAGGAAUGCAAAUGACUGAACUUCGUAAACAACAAAAUCGAAUGUCUUUUGGAGUUGCUGAAGAGGAGAUUGGUCAACAAUUUGGUAGUACGAAAGGAAUGGGGUUGGUUGGUGGUGCUCCUGGAAAGAUUAGAGCUGCCGUUGCUGAUAAGAAGGUUAAAGUGAGCUUUAACCAAAAAAAGUAUGCUAAAUUCAAUCAGGGAUCAUCAGGAGCCACAUCAGGUCUAUCAUCAUCAUUGGCCUUUACGCCUGUACAAGGUUUAGAAUUGGAAAAUCCUGAAGCUAGAAACGCAGCAUCUAUCAGUAGUAAUAGUAACGCCAUCAAGUCGAGCGAAAUCACAUCAGACUGGUUUGGUAGUGGAUUCAAUCGACCUAAAAAGUUGUAA